AUGGAUUUACGAAAGCAGAAAAGACUUGGGCCAGCUCCAAUAGCCUCAUUUGAAAAGUCAUUUGAGGACACAACAUCAACACAAACUGUUGGCAGUUCAGAGCAAAGUUCAACGUAUUUAGCCGAAAUUACUGCCAAGGAUAUAAAUCGAAAUGGCGAGGCGAUGGAGUCACACGAGAGCAAGAAUAAUAUUAAAACAGUAACAACAACGAAUACGAGUACAGAGAAAGGACAUCAGCCUCGAAAACAGCAGCAACAACAGGAACCACAGUCCAGCAUAUCAAUCUCGGCUAGCAGCGGAAGCAUCAAAUCAAAAAAUGAUACUACUUUCAAGCGUCCGCCUCCACUCAAAGCAACAACCAUGAUCGGUACAACCACAUUGGUUAGUAGCGGAGAGCAACAGACUAUAUAUAGAGGCGCCACAACACUGACGACACCGUCAACCCCGAGAAUAGAAUUAAGUCGUGCCUCCUCUUCAUCGCACCAUGAGGAGGAUAGUCGUGAAAGCAGCCCCGAGAAUGUUUUUGAACAGGUUGGCACUGGCACCCUACAGGAAACAAUCAGCCUAGGAUUUCGUGAAGAGGGCGCACUGGAACUGCGAAGUUCAACCGAGGAACUAUAUUUUAUGGAUCCGGAACAUAAAAAGGAGGAACAGGAAAAAAUGCAAAUGCAGCAAGCAAAACGUUCAUCUCCGCACAUCUUUAAAUUUGACGAGCAUCAAUCAUAUUUACAACAACAUCAGCGUAAGGAUUCAGCCAGUUCUGAAGUUGCUGCUCUGCUUUGCAUAUCGGGUCGUACAAGUCGUAUUUCUAGCGUGGGAAGUCAAGGAUCAGCUGUUAGCCGUUUGUCUGCUAUAUCCGGUGUUUCACGUUCCCCAUCCCCUCAUCGUAUGCUGAUGGAAACUUCAUUUUGUGGACCUAAACCUUUGGAAAAUGUAAUUGACGGUGUUGUGUUAACUACAGUUGAGCCAAAAACAACAGAACUCUUAGAGCAAGCGCUUCUUUCACGUAUACACGAUCCUACACAAGCUGUUUUGGCUGAGGGCAUAAAAGUCGAAUCUUCACCAAAAAAGAAACCUGUCUCACUAUCCAAUGGUGAUACAAAAUUGGCAGCAAAAAUUGCAAUACAAAAUCGCCCAACCACCAGCGCUAAGUCAUUAACAAUGGGCGCUCAACGCCGUAGCACAAAAAGUCCCGGACAAAUGGUUGUGGGUAAAACUCCCAGUGGCACCGAGUAUAUACGUAUUAACUUAAAACCUGAUCAUAUGUAUGACGAUAAAGGUAUUGCGCCAAAUGAACGCGUUGUGGAAGCACCGAAUACAAUACCAUUAGUUUAUUCAAAAGGUCAAAAAAAACCUGCUUCACUGAGUUUAACUCGUAACAUCAUGGACGAAAAUCGUUUAACACCUACCGCAAGUCCUAAACCUACCCGUCAAACGGCACUAACGAAAGAACCACACGGUAGUCGCUCUCCAUCUCCUGCAACAGUUUCAGUUUCACGAAAAAGUUCAUUUAGUUCACUUUUUAGAUUAGGCGGAAAAGACUCUCCUGACUCACCUAGGGAAAGAUCACGUUCACGUAGUAAAAGUAAAGAACGACAAACUCCGCAAUCGCAAAAUGUAACACCCAGUAAACAAAAAUCCGUUUUAGCGAUUUUCAAACCAGGCAGUAAACGUGGUAGCAGCGCUGGUACUGAUACAAAAUCAUCAAAAAGUUCCUCACCUAUCGAUGCACACGAACUUGUUUGUCAGCCACAAAGUCGUAGUAAAACGCCAUUGCCUCCUGGUACCGGUUCACGACCUGCUAGUCGUCUCCGUUAUUAUGAUGAACCAGUAGAAGGUUACAUUCAUAUACCCUUACACACGCCACCUGAGGAAAAGGAAACCAAAAAACUACUACAGGGUAUACAACAGUUAAACGUCGAACCCAUUCGACCACAAUCAGCUCCUGUAACAGCUAGUCAACUUGCCGCAGCUGCUGCAGCACUUAAACCAGUAGCAGCACGUAAGCAAUCAGGUUCAGGGAUAGGCGGUUUUGCUGCUCCACGGCUACAACAAAUCGAAAAACUACAACGUAUUGAAAAUCUUGAUGCAAUACACACUUUACCACACGAUGAUGAAACUAAAGAACGAACUUGGAGUUUGGAGGUUAAUCGUCAUAGUUCACAGGAUUCUCAGGAAACUGUUGGUUCAGUUGGUAGUUAUGCUAGCGCUAUACAAAUUACUGCACGUUCAAAUCUAGCAAAUGUUGCAGAGAAUGUAGUUCAAGAAAACGGCGUAGCAGCAGCUGCCGAAAUACACCGUUUGCCAUCGCUAGAAAGUACUGGUAGUGUGGGUCAAACACAAACUGUGGAAACUGUAGCAACUGUCAAUACUUAUUUAACUGAUAUGCCUGGACAAGCGGUGCUGGAAGACACUAUAGCGAAGGAAAAAAGGCGCUUACUUUUUGCAACCCGUUUAGGUUCAGGCAGUCAAGAGCAAAUUUUUUCAACGCAAUUUAGCAUUUCAAAAACUGAAAGUCAGUCGAGCCAGCUUUCAGAACAAGUGCAGGAGUCACAAUUACAAAGUCCGGCAAUCGAUAAUUUUCAACGGCAAGGAACGGUAAUACGUCGCUGUGAAGAAGAAGUUGAGGUGGUUAGAACCACAGUUACCACAAAAACUAAAGAGUCAAUAAAACGUCGUACUUCAAUUGAAAAUACUAUACGACAGAAAUCAAUUUCUACAUCGGAAGAUGAGAAACCAGUUGUCCAUACAACAGUAUCGGCAGUUGUGUUGCGACGAAAGGAUUCCAGUGAUGAAAUGCGUCGUAAAUCACGUUCUACUUCGGAAGAAGAUGCAGAUAGUGGAGGUAUUGGAGGUAGCAAAAGCAAUCAAAGACAUUCCAGAUAUUUGGAAAAUUUUGAUGUUCGUAAAAAAUACCACGAGAAUGUGCCCCGAAAACCAAAAAGACAAAGCAUUUCUGAAACAAGUAAAACUGAAACAGAAACCGUAAAUAAAGAAAACAUUGUUCCAACUCGACAAGAACGUAAACCAAUGCUUCCUCAACCACCACCUCCUUCGACUGCUCCAUCACCUUCUCCACCAUCAGUCAGUAGAAGUCCUUCUGCGACUCCAACUAAACACUCACCAACACGUUCACAUUCACAAUCUCCCGUAACAGAACGCUCAAAAUCAACACCAGUGAAACCUCCACGAUCUACAACUCCCACACGCCGUUCAGUUCAAACCACACCACAAUCGCCUUCUCCACCAGCUACGAUUAGCGCAAUACAUCAUGUGAAAAAACAGAUACAGGGUGACAGACAAUCAGUUCAUUCAGCUGAAAUUGAAUCAUCCGAGAGUGAACGUGAUUCUGAUAUAGCUGGUGGCGGCAAUUCAUCUGCAGCAACUGAUGCAAAAAGACGUCAUCUACCAAGACAUGUUGGUGUUAUUGAAGAUCAUGAAAGUACUGGACUCGUUUCACAGGAAUCUUUUGAUGAUGAGCUUCCAUAUAUACCAACAACAUUACCUGAGGAACGAGCACAAGGUGUAUCUAUAAUACCAAUGAAAGAACGUGCGAACAUGGAAUUGAAAACUUGUCCAGUUGACAGACCACGUUCAACAACACCUUUAAAUCCUUCACAUUUGGAAGAAUAUUGCGGUAUAGUUAUAGGCACCCCACAAGAGCAACCCCACGAAAUCAGUGGUUCAGCACCAGUUCGAGGCGAAAAGCUACGUAUAAGUUUACCGCGAAAAGAUUCUACAAAAAGUAUAGCACAAAGUUCAAAAUCUCCACGCCGUACAUCGAAUACUAGUGGCAAAUCAUGGUUUGAAUUCGCUGAAGAGGGUUUGCGUGCCACUGGUGGUAAUUUAGAACGCAAAGACUCGAACAAGCAAUUGCUACAAAAACAGCAACAACAGCCAAAAGAUGAAACCAAAACCAAAAAACCAACAAGUAAGGCAAUAACUACAACUGUACAAACUAUGCAAAUAACCACUACAUCUGGUUCCACAUCAACACAAAGAAAACUAUCUGGACACUGGAUAGAUUUUGAAAAUAUACCAGAAAAACGGAAACCAGCCAAACGCAUCACAACGCUACCAAGAGAUAGUUUGUCAGGUAGUACGAAUAUCCGAAAACAAAGUCCAUCUGCUGCUACAAAAACUGCUGGUGAAUCACACCAUGUACAUCACUCACACUCUGAUAUAGCAGAUGGGAAAUUACACUACGACUAUGUGAAACCAGAGGAUUGUCAGUGUGAAUGUCAUGAGGUUGAGCGUGAAACAGCAGGAGCUGCAAGUGCUUCAGCGACUAGUAGCAGCACAAGCAAGGGACUUAAAGAUGUAGACUUAUUACCACAGGGUGAAGAUUUAUUGCCCUUACUUGAACCUGAAACACUAGAUGGAAUUGAACCCAGUGAUUCAUCACGUGAAUAUAGCUACUAUACAGAUGAUGAAAUGGAGGUCCCGAUGGCUCAUAGUGGCUCUAGUCGCUCAAAAAGCAGUUCAUCAAAGAUGGAUGAGUUUCCACGACGUGAUGUAUCACAUAGUCCCAGAAAUAAAAAAUUUCCAGAUAAUAAAAAGUAAAUUUAGUAAUGUUGAG